CCAAGAUGCUUUAGUAAAGUCUGGCACAAUGUCUCAGGAGGCCUAAGAGAAGUGAGUGCACUUUUCAAAUGCCAUCAUGUGACACAAUAAAGUCUUCACAGGUCACAUGGGAUGUCAGUCCUAAAGUCUAUAUAUUGACUCGGAAGUCGACCACACAGAAAGCAGUAUGCCGCUGAGACAUUUGUAAUCUGCCAAUAAUUAAUCAUUUGGUUUUGAUAUCUGGACACACACCACGUGUCAACUGUAACUGUGAAAAUCCUGAUGGCCUCACUGGUAAAAGAUGAUGAAGAGGAUGAAAGUCAGAGAACAAGUCCGUCCACCCCGCCCGAGCCCUCCUCUGAAAACUUCAGAACAGUGGUCACAGAAAUCGUCCAGCAGGCUGCCAGUGAACUGAUGCACACACUGAACCUUCAAGUGGAGAGCUACUUGGAAACAACACUUCAGAAAGCGUUUGUUGACUUCCAGCUAGCAGUCGAAGAGAAAAUAGACAGUACUACCUCUGCUACACCCCAACGGGGCUCUGCAUCACCAGAGAGGGUUUUAAACCCUGCCUCAUCUAGGACUAGUGUGGAAAUGGAGCCUAAAGUGGACGAGGUGUCCCAGUCCUACUCUCCGUCAAUGUGUGGCGGGGUUCCCUCUCCAAGCUCUUCACUGAUGCUCACGCAGGAAGCUCAGUCACCAGGACCUUCUCCCUCAUGUGCUCAGGACGUUGUUAUGUGCACGUCGGUGUGCUCCAUUCAGGACAUCCACAUCACAAGGUCCACCACCAGCCCUGGUGUGAGCAAAGAGAGUGUGGAAGACUUGUCCAUGAUAACUUCAGUUUCCUCCUUCCAGCAGGAGCACCUUGUUGUAACAGGGCAGGCUCUAAGUCCUUUAGCACCUCAUACAGUCAGCUAUACGAGUGAAGAUCAGGAUGUCAAUGAUCAAACACAGCAACCACCACAUGUCUCACCCCUACCUUCACAAGACCUGCAGACAUGGACUCCAACCACCGGAGUGGAUAUUCUGCCCACCUCAAGGCCAGUGAGUGCCAGGCAGGAGGAACAAGUUUACGUGUUUCAAGAGCAGCCCACCAGUCCAUCAGUCAGGCUGACUCCCUUGUCUGCUGGCACCCAGUCUCCCACUCUGGGUACCUUGUGUCCUUCCUCACCCAUCUCAGCAGACAUUGUGGACACAUUGCUGGACAAAAGCAAGGCAGCACAACAAUCCACCUCACCAGCUCUAAGGCUGCUCACUCCUUCAUCAGUAAGAAGCCUGUCCCCUGCACUAAGCGUCACCACCACUCCACUCUCGUUUGUCUCAGCUGACUCAGUAGAAGUCUUGCAAGAAGAGCAGACCCUCUCCAGAUCAGCAAGCGUCCUGCAGGAGCAAUUGCGGCUGUCUCAGGGACCGUCUUCACCUGUACGCUGGCUCCCCCCACCCUCCUCAGAAGGCAGCCAAUCUCCUGCAUCUAUUGUCUCUGUUGAGAGGAUUAAUGUGUUGCAAGAAGUGACUGUUAAUGUGAAAUGGGCACAGCAGCAAUCGACAUCACCUGUCUCCGUUUUUCUGACUCACUCACCAGGAAGAACUCUGUCCCCUACACUAAGCUCCUCCUCCUUGUCGGACAUGGCAGCUGUAAGGAGUGACCUCCAGGAGGACUUGGUUCAAAGGCUACCAACUCCUUCCCCAGGUGGAACUCCUUCUCCAGCUACGAAUGCGGUCUUUCCCUCAUCAUUUGUCUCUGCAGACAUGGACAAAGAGGGAGAUGCUGAGGAGACAGAAAAGGAUCGACAGCCCUUCUCGCCCCUUCACGGACAACCCACCCUCUCUCCUCAAGGAAUGGCAUUAAGCACCAUGUCAUCCACCUUCUUACAUUCAGCAGACAUUCAAGUGCUGCAGGAGUGCAGUGCUGAAACUUAUGACGAAUUGCAAAACUCCAUGUCUCCUCUCUGUAGGCAUCCUACACCCCCAAUUGAGGGCACUCACUUUCCAGCUUUGAUUACCCACCACUCUCCCACACCACAACUGCCAGCCACGCCAACCAUCUGCAGGCUUCCUACUCCCUUACCAACUGCAACUCCUUCUCCAGCUUUGAGCUCAACCAGAUCCUCCUCAGUCACCUACGUGGAGACUAAUUUGUCUUUAGAAACAACCACCAUCACCACACUAAGUUCUGCCCCGAACAGCUCAGAUAAGGAGUCCCCUCUUCUUUCUCCUCCUGACACUGGCCCUGCAUUAAAUGUCAUGGUGACUCAUCUACAGGACCAAUCUCAAACAUACAAGGUAGCAGAAUUAUCCUCGUCCCCUGGGUGGAAGUGCUCCACACCAACGUCUGAGGGGACUGUCCUGGACGAAAUUGAUCCAGCACUGAUCUUCACCUCUCUCCCAUCUGAAGCAUAUGCAGAUGAGGAUGAGGUCAUCAAAUCAGCUGUUACUGAGGGACAAGGACAGGGGGAGCUGGACUAUAUCAGUCCAGCAUUAGAUUCAUACUCUUCACCGAUUUUGAAAUCGUCCACCCGAACAUCCGUGAGCUCUUGUCAAGACACGCUGGAUAAAACCAUGACUUUCACCUCUCCUCGUUCAGAUGGGGAGGAUGAGGAGGAAGUUAUCGCGGGGGGUGAAGGAAAGCUGAUGGGACAACUGGCCCACAGCCGUACAGACUCAGGCUACUACUCCCAACCUCUCUGGACACUUCCAACCCCCGGGUGCCCCAGAGAGGAUGCUCGAGAUGUAGCCUUGAGUUUCACAUCUGAUCUAGCUGAUAUUUUUGUGGACGAUACCAUGACGGAGUUGCAGGAAGAGAUGGUCUACCCUUGCAGGGAACAAGAUUCAUUACUCUCGCAUGUGUGGAAACUACCCAGUCUGGAGGCAGAUUUUAUCUCGACAUCCGUACCCACUGACACUGACGAGGACGAUGAAGAAUUCUUAGCGGCAGGCAUUAUGAAGGAGUUAAUGGAGGAGGCUUGGGUGGAUUCAAGGUCAGGGCAGUAUGAUAUGUCCACGCCGCCUGCGCCGAGCAUCACUCCAAACUUUCCACAAGGCAGAUUUGUGGAUGAGAAUGAAGGCUCACAGGAGAUCUCCACUCAAACGUCUGUGUCCUCUUUUAAAUAUCUGGGCUAUGAUGACACCCUGGAAGCUGCAGGCGUGGAGGACUACAUCACAGACUAUCUGGACUACAAAUGUCGGCAAAGAGAUCCGCUUUAUUUAUCAGCUUUGAACUCAUCUACUUUGUCCUCUUCAUACUCUACUUCUUGCCCUCGCGAUGAUGAUGUCACAAAAGCAUGUGUCAUGAUGGAGUUCUUGGAAGAGGCAUGGACUGGCAGGGACCCUUCAACGGGAUCUUCGCUGUACCAACCCUACGGUAACAAGUUGGGGAAUGGGGUCACGAAACACCCUAAAAUGAGUCCACCACCGAUGAUGCAAGAGAUUGAGGAGAUGUCUUUGGAGGACUUGGUACAGCAGUUAAAAAGGCAUCCUGGGCCAUCAGCUCAAGGUGUCUACACAGAGAGUAACCGCACACAGAGCAGGGCAGCAGCGCCCCUGUCUGAACUCAAAAAGAACCUCAGUGUGGUGAUGAAGGAGUUCUUUGACAGCCUCGAUGAAAGGUACGUAACAUGCAAACUGUCAGUUGCCAGCCACAGGUUCAGCUUUGUGACUGACUCAUCCAUUAUCCUCAGGCAGCUGACAGAGAUGAGCAAGGGUCUCCACACCAUUGUGGUCAAGGAUCAGCUGGUCAACCUCUGCAUAGAAAUUCUGCAGCUGUCCACACAGACCAUUGUGUCAUUGUCCAAGUCCAGUGAGAUGUUUGCCACUCUCAACCACUCUGUGGCAGAGAAGGUCAUUCUGCAGAAUACUUCCCAAAACUACAACGGCACAGGUACCGAUCCCACCUUCAGAACAUCCUUUGGCGAGGUGCUCUCCGACUUGGUGGACAAGGACGCCAUGCAGGUCCCACAAGAGAUCACACACGGGAUUGUGAACACUGUGACCAAUGAGGUCAACACCAUACUCACAGAAACUGUUCAAGUGUCACUUCACAAUAGAGAGGCCUGCGCCGGCACCUUUCACAGCUGCCAGAUGUCGACCUGCGACCCUUGCACGAACAUCAUGGAGGAGGUUUCUCAAGAAAUUCAAUCUUUGCAUAAACGACCGGUUGUGAAAAAGAAGCGGCCAUGGUGCUUAUCAAGGUGGUGUAAACGUAAAGUUGCCCAGAACAGCAGCGGGAAGUGACAUCUCGAAUAUGACUCUCAACUGUUCGAGGAUGGAAACUCUUGGUCCGUUGCUGGCUUUAGUGCCAUAUUGUGGACAGCCUUCUUCCCUGAGAUUGAAGCCUGCCUCCCAUGCCUUUCCAGCCUUGGAGGGUCCAGGACCCAGCUCAGCACAGGCAGAAUUGUUAAUAAUGAAUAAAAUCUCUUGAUUUAUCAAAAGCAUUUCCUCUCAGGUUACCCAGUCAUCAUAAUCGGUCAAUCAAACAGCAAAUAUCCCCUUUUGUCCGCGAAAUCCCACUAGUUGUUGUGAUGUUGCAGCCCUGCCUGCGGUGUGCACCCACAGUCUCAGACGUUGCUGACACUUGGCCUCAAAUCAUGGUGCCGAAUUCAAGGGUGACCAAGAGGCUAAUGAACGAAUGCUAACUGGAGCUAACCGCAAGAGAACCAAUGUGAACUGAGUUUAUUGUUUUGAACAAGCAGGUGAAUUCUGUUGUUGAAGGCCGGAGGGGCGCUAUCAGCAGCUAGUAGCACAUCUGGAGCCCAGAUAUCAUUUCCUGGACAUGUAGUCGAUGACAAGUGGAGUGGUCUGUCAGGUUAUGGUAUGAGUGAAGUUCACAUGGUGGGUUUACGAAAGGAAUUUAUUUUAUAUUCGGCACUUUGCCUUUUUUAUUGUGUAUUUAUUUUGUUUAAAAGUUGCACUGUUUACUACACAGUGUUGUUCAGGAUUAUUGUUAUUUAAUAGGUGUGACUUUUGUGUGUUUUAGUUGAGUAAAAAAAAAAAAGAUAAAACUAUCUGCAAAAAUCGGUAUCAGCCAGUUGGGACUUUAAAAAAAGAAAGGGCAAUCGGUAUUGGCCAAAAAAAUGUUGAUCCGUGUACCCCUUAAUCAGUACAGUAGUUUAGGUCUUGGUCUUUUUUUUGUUGUAUUUUUAGUAAACAGUAAUAAAGAAAGCAUUCGACAAGUUUUGUUGCAAGAGACAGGUCAGCCACUGAGGGAAAACAGAACACUUCAGAACAAAAUACUCUACUGUAUAAUAGAUAAUAUAAUUUGUGUUGUAACAUUUCAGUGACAUAGUCACAACAGCCAACUCCUCACUCAUAAAUAUUGGUUUGUGUCGUGCAUCGCACCCUGAGCUUUGAAAACACUGCCAUCAAAUCACCAGACAUGAUGCUUUUGCCUCCGAACACAAAGACCUUCUGCCACUGAUACUGUGAAGAGUGUUUCUCAGCAGCUGGUCAUCGAUGCUGAUAAUGAACAGACAUUAAAGAUUUCAUUCCUUGCUUUACUUUUCUGACAGCGGCUAAUUAUGUCUUGUAAGCCGAGGGAACUGUAGCGAUGUCUGACACUUUUAUUUUUUCUUUUUACCUUACUUUUACUUUAGCCAAAAUGCCAAGAACUCAAAUUUUUCAAUUACAGCGGUCACAAAGUACAGGAUCUACAGUGGUUCCGACAUCGACCAAUCUUUGAGGUGGUGGUGGUCUGACAUUGUUGGACACAUUGAAGAAUCAAAAUAGUGAUAUGAUGUGUUUGGUACUCACAGUACGGACAAGGUGAGGGACCAUUCGGACAAUCCCAAGGCAAAUGAUGACAUGCCAGGCAGGUCACGCCACAUGGACACAGGAUGGAAGUCAAUCUCCUCUUCAGCGACCUCCUAGGUCAGUGCGACGUUCAAAACCAGUUAUGCUGCUGCUCAUCAUGCCAUGAACAAGAAUGUUUAUAAAGAAGUCAGCCACAAGCGCAUUUCACUCCAUUAAAAAUCAAAGACAAAAGGGGCCUGCUUCUGAAAAAUACCACAGAGUGGUGAAGCAGAUCUCCCUCUGGUGGACAUAUACAGUCAUUUCUUCCCAUGAUCCACCACAGACUACAAGCUCACGGUGUCCACCCAGCUUUAAAUGAGACAAACACAUUCGAUCACAAAAGGAUUGAGCUUUGAACUCUCAAAGCCGGUCUUUACGACACACAGUCAUCGAAAACAACAUCAAAGUAGGGCAUGGAUGUCACUGUCUGUGAUCUGAGCCCGCCCUGAGUAUAUGAGCGAGGGGGGAAGAGGAUUUAUAUAAAUGGUGUAUUUAAAGCAAGUUAGCACUUGACCACAGUAGUGCAGCAAGGGACAGUGUGCAGCUCUAUCCCCAUAAUCCUGUUUUACCAUCAACAUGUCCAAGAAGACAGGAAUGAAAACUGUGGAGGAUCUGAAGGGGACUCUGUCCACCAUCCUUAGUGAGACCGUCCAUCGAAGCUUCUUCAAUGUCCCAUCCUUGUCCCCGGACAACUCCCUCACAUUUGUUUCCAAGAUUGUUCACCGUGCAGCUGAAGACAUCUCCGAGCUCAUGCAAUCCAUACGGGAGUGGGAGGCAGACGAACGUUCCAAACACAGAGAUGAGGAUGACUUCUCCAUCCAGAGUCGGGUCCAUCAGAAGGUGGACAGCUACCUAGAGAGUUUCUUCGCUGAGAAACGAGCGUCCACAAAUUCAUCUCCUGAGCUGGUGGAUGUGACAAAGUUAGAUGAGGGUCCACAGAGACCGAUUGGAGUGAGGCCACCUUACUUUUGCGACACGGACACCAGUCUUUCACAGAUACUUCUCAGUGAUAUUGCGCCUAAUCCUGUGGCUACUUCUUCCCCUGAGGAGAGGAAACCAGCACCUGUGUUGCCAUCAAUGUCAGUGGUCUUCAACGAGGAGUCUCAAAACCCAAGCUUUAGACUGAAUUUUUUCACUCAAGUCCCCAGCACGCAGGACACAAACAACCACUGCACAGAUGCACCAGGACAGUGGACCAACCCCGGGGUGGAUUCUGUACCUGACAUUUCAAGAUUGAAAUUGCUUAGUGAUGACGACACAGAGGCCUUUAACACAGAGUGUUAUGAGGAGCAACAGCACCUCGACUCUUAUGCGGCACCGCCACCAUUCUUCAUGCCUGAAAUGCUCACUAGCAUCUUGGUUAAACCCAUUCAAGACAUUUUGAAAACCUCGGUUGACUCCCCGGAAGGGGGCACAGAAGAAGAAAUCCCAACAGGUGACCUUGUAGGGGACAUUAAUUCAUCUUUGUCCUCCCUAGAAAGAUCCAGCCCAGACCAAGAGAGCAUUAGGGAAACAGUGGUAAAAUUACACUCCGACCCGGUACCCCCAUCUAACCCAGUUCACAGUUCUGGGGUGAAUCUGUUCUUGAAUGGGGAUAUUGCUCCAGUCUCCGGUACUGAUGAUGUUUCUAAGUCCAAAGUAAGCCAUGUUGGGGCAGGCGAGCCACUUCUCUUCAGUCCACUUCCAGGUGAGGAGGUGGAUUCAAGUCCCGGUGAUCUUUUAAAACCUGUUGAGGAGAUAAACCAGUUCUUCAGACACGUGGACCAAGAAUCACCGGAGGCUCUAUCGCCCUGUGAAGACCCGGACCAAUCAGCCCAAGCUGUGGUGGAGGAGUACAUCUGGAAAAAGUUGGGGGCUAUGGAGUCAGAGCCAAGUCCCUUUAAAGUUCAGCAGUGGGAUGAGCCCUCAACAUGCUUAGAGGAGAACCUAGAGGAGAAGCCAGUCACAGAGACGCUGAACUUGGUCAUGAAGGACUUCUUUCAUGGCCUGAGUGAACAGCAGCUGAACAAGAUGAGUCGUGGCAUCAACAGCAUUCUGCUGCGGGAUCAGUUGAUCGACAUGUGCCUAGAGAUGUUGCGUGUGUCAAUGCAGACCAUCUCCUCCAACAAGUCCAGGGAUUAGCAUAACUGGACUCACCGUGGUAGGAAACAUGACCAAGAAUUUGAUCAGAAUGGGACUUGUACCGCAGGUCCACUAAUGACAAAGGAGGUUAGGUUCUUAUCAUCAGGUCAGGUCCCAUCAAUGGGAUUUUGUGACUAACAUUAUGUAUAUGAGACCUUAUUUAUCAAUAAAGUCUUUAAG